GUUUUAAUUAAUUGUAUGGAUAAAAAAUAUUAAGAAUUAGUUGAUAAAAAAGCCUUUUUAGACAGCGAAUUGAAAAAUCUUGAAAGAAGCAUUUUUGAUAAUGAGACUAAGUAUCUAGAAGAAACAGCAUUUACUGGUAAUGUAAUAAAAGGGUGGGAUGGUUAUUUAAGCAUGAAAAAUACUAAAUUAAAUUCAGGCUUAUAAAAAAAGGGUAAAACAAAUUAAAAUGAUCGAAUAUUUUCAUAAAGUAGUAAGACAUCUCCUUUUGUACCAGAAGUGAUACAUUAAAAUUAAGUGACAAAUCCAGUAAAAUAAAUGAUUACUGAUGGAAGUGGGGAAGAUAAUAAAUAUCAUUUCAGAAGAACAAAAAAGAAAAAGUAUGUUGGUUUUCAAAAAAAGUAAUAGUGAUUAUAAAAAUAAAUUUAGUGAUUAAGGAAUACAUACACCUUAAAGUUCAAGUGAUGAAUAUUAAGCAGAUAAAAAAGUUAAAGUUUCAAAGAAGUUUUGA